AUAGAGGGAGAUAGUUACACAAACAGAAAGUUAGUUAUACAAACAGAAAGAUAGAUGGAUAGGUAUAUCCGAUAGGUAGAUAGAUCAAACCAAAAUAUUUAUGCUUUCGGAAAUUUGGUCGCGCUUGCUUUCUUUUUAUACAUUCUAAUAUAGUUGCUAGUUUAAACUCUAGCAAUAUACAGAUAUGUAUUCUGAUAUAGUAGUUAGUCUAAACUCUGGCAUUAUACAGAUAUGUAUUCUGAUAUAGUAGUUAGUUUAAACUCUGGCAUUAUACAGAUAUGCAUUCUGAUAUAGUAGAUAGUUUAAACUUUGACAUUAUACAGAUAUGUAUUCUAAUAUAGUAGUUAGUUUAGUCUUUAGCAUUAUACAGAUAUGUAUUCUAAUAAAGUAGUUAGUUUAAACUUUGACAUUAUACAGAUAUGUAUUCUGAUAUAGUAGUUAGUUUAGACUCUGGCAUUAUACAGAUAUGUAUUCUGAUAUAGUAGUUAGUUUAAACUCUGGCAAUAAACAGAUAUGUAUUCUGAUAUAGUAGUUAGUCUAAACUUUGGCAUUAUACAGAUCUCUAUUACACUAGGGACCAGCAAACAUAGAAAUGACUGACGUCUUCAUAUUUCUUUAAAGGAAUGUUAUAAUUUGUAAUUGUUCUUACUUGUUUAAUUCUUAAUUUGGUAAGUCAAGACCUUUUCUGUUAUAUCUGGGGAUCAAGAAUUGAUCUCCAUCUUAUUCAGAUCAAUGGAUUUAUUAAAAUCAAUAUCCCGCGUGUUGAUCAUACCCUGAAGGGAUAAAUUUAGUUGAAGGAUCAAGCAUUGAUUCUCAAAUUUAAAAUUGCUCACAUUGGAAUUCGAUAUCAAGCAUUCAAGCCUGACAGUAUCCUCACAAUAGUUCCGAUAUCAGGGCAGAGUUUAAAAAAGAAUUUAAGUUGCAAAUUAUAAAAAAUUUAAGGAUUAAAGAAUUAGAAAGAAGAUGACAAUACUGUUUUCUGGUAAUUAUUUCUUUCAAGGGACUGUUUAGUAAUUAGAAAAUCAAAUGAUAACCGCGUUGGACUUUGAUUGAUUCAGAUUUCCAAUGAAUAUAUGAAAUGUCAGCUGCGUUGAGUUCAAACUGUAACUCACACUCGGAUCCAGUUUGUCGGCAAUUUAAAAGCCAGUUUUGAGAGAAAUACGCCGAGUUCUAUGUCAUCGGUGAUACGCCAAAGAUUUAAAGGGUAAAUAGGAGUUUUCUCUCUUAAAAUUACACUUACAGUCCCUUUAAACUGAUAAAAAGACCAUUUCAUACGAGACUGCUACUAAAUCCGGUCUACAUCAACAAUAGUGCUAAAAAAUUAGCUAAAAUUUCAAGGUUUGUCCAAAACCAUUCCAAAUGUAGUUUGUCCAAUGUGUGUUUAAAUGUAGGGGUUUGUACACAUUUAUCUGUUUCGUCUUAGAAACGCUGAAAACAAUAACAAAGAUUGUUAACAAACGUCUAAAUUUUCCUGGGCAGGGUAAUAGAAGUAAGGCUGGGCUGUUUUUAAUCACAAUGAUUCAUACAGAAGAAUGUUUGAGGAUAGAACAGCAGAGUCUGAUGCUGAUUUCCCCUCGUCCUGGAAACAGGAGUUAUCUGUUGCUGAACAGGAGAUACAGACAGAUGAAUGUAAGGUACAAGAUCAAGAAAGUCAGUCUACCGAAUUCGCCAGUAUUGAAGUUCAAACAAUUACAGUUGAAGAGACUGCAUCUCCUGACACAUUAGAUAUGGAUGCAUUGGCAGAAUUUGUAAAUAAAGCUGCUUUACUCAUAGAGGAGGAGUUAGAUUUGAUUGCAACAAGUAGAGCAUUUGAUACCAUUAUGAGCUAUGGAGAUGAGGAUGAAGAGGAAAAUGAUGUUACUCUUGUAAAUACUAUAGAAGUUGUUGAUGGUCUUAGUAUCAGUGAUAUAGAUUGGAAUAAUACAGGGGGUAAUCUAGUAGUUGGUCUAUCUGGUGGAGAGCAUGUAGAGUGGUGUACACAUCUACCAGAUCUGAAUAUCUAUCGAGUAGAUAGAUCUGGAACUAUUGUUGGGGGAAAACCUCAGCAAAGGUUCAAUCUACCAUCUUGCAUUUCUCAGGUAGCAGCUCACCCAUCUGACCCUCAGCUUUUAGCAGCUGGUACUGUUACAGGAGAAAUUUUACUCUUCAAAAUGGACAGAGGAGAGAAUGAGUUGAGUAUUGGGCAGGUUGAGAGCCAUGCUCCAGUGGUAUCAUUACUAUGGAUGAGUAGGGUAAAUCUUCUAGCUUGCCAUUCUAACGGGAUACUCAGACUUUGGAUUCUGGACACUAAAAAAUACACUCUUAGCCUAACAAAGACAUUUAAAGUUUCUUCAAAGCACAUGCCCAAGCAGUUCAAAUCUUUAAGAAGUGGAGAAGUUGGAGUUAGGCAUGCAUCUUUCAGCCAGGAUGAACCUGACCGAGCAAUUAUUGGAACUGAAUCUGGUGCUGUGGUUCUAGCUGAUAUAGAAUCAGAACUCAUACUAACUGAUGGUGGUGAUGAGGAACUGUAUGAUCCUGUAGCCCUAGUCUACCCUCUGCAUACAGCUCCAAUCAACUGUAUUGCAGUUAGUCCUAUAGAUGGAAGCAUAUUUGCAACUACAGCACAGGACGGGAUUUUGAAUAUUAUCUCAAUGGUGCAACCAACGAUGCCUGUAAUUUCCUACCAGAUGGACACCCCUCCUAACUACUGUGAUUGGUCCUCAAUUAAGCCCGGAGUUAUAGGUGUGGCAAGCACUGGAGCUGUUUACAUAUUUGAUGUACUGCAAAAUAAAUCUGCUGCAAUACACAAGAUAAAUGUAAGUGCAAGGAAUCUACACCUACCUCUGACUGUUCUUAAGUUCUCAAAGAAUGAUGGACUUAGGCUCUCAGCUGGAGAUAAGUUUGGGAGAAUAUAUGUUUGGAGGCUACCUCCAAUCCUCUCAACCUCCAAUAUCCAUGAAAAUGCACAGUUCCAAUCCAUGGUCUUUAAUGUAGAAUAGACACAUCCAAUAUUCAUGAAAAUAUAUAGUUCUAAUCCA